CUAAUUAAAACCAAAUUCUUCAAUAGAAAAUAAGAACAAAAUUCAUACAUACGCACAUAUACAAACAUACGGAGCAAAAAUAAACCGAUUCCCGAUUUCGUGUUGAUGAAGUUCUGAAGCCAGGAGAGCACAAGAGGCAGUGAAUCGCAACCGAAUGACGAAGGGCAUAUUGAAAAAUGUUCGCCGAACGCUGAGUAUUUGCUUCAAUUUCAUUUUAGCUUGUUGCUACGAAAUACUACCGUUAUUUGCAAUAACAACAACACAAUAUGCAGAGUAUGUGGAAGCGAAGGCAGCAGCAGCCACAAGAACAACAAUAAUAACAGCAACGGCAACAACGCAUGGUAUUCGGCGCUGCCAUAGCGAAAACAAAAAGAGCAACAACAACAGCAAUAAUAACAACAAAAGCAGGAGCUUGAGCUGCAGCAAUAGCCAGGAAAACAAUAGCCACAACAAGAAGAUAAACAAUCCUAACAAAGCCACGAGCAGCGCUGAAAACCCUACAAUAGCAAACAAUGAAGCCUGCCACCAGGCGCCCAGACGUGCGCUGGGCGCGCCGAAAACGCACAAACCAUCGAUGCAGCGAACCCGCUCAAGCGCGCCGACUAACACCGAAAGUAUGGGCAAUACGCAAACAAACAAUAGCGCGCCAGCUCAUGAGCCGCAAACGCCGACAAAUGGCGCAGGUGGUGGCACUGGUGCCACUCUGAAGAGUCGUCGUGGCAGUCGAGUGAAAGUUUUUGCACGUUUCAGCCAAAGGAAACAGCAACAGCAACAGACGCCGACAGCGUCCGCAUCGAAGGAGGCCAUCAUCGCCACACCCACAUCGACUUCCGCUUACGAUGACUCGAUCGAGGAGGAGCUGCUGAUGCUACGCCAAAGUCAUGCGUCUGUGAUAAGGCAAUUGGAGGAUGAACAAAUGGAUUUUCGAAAAAGUCAAAAACCACAAACGACAAAGAAAAAGAUAUCGAAGUUCUUCAGCAAAAAAGUGGAACACGAGACGACGGCAGUAGAAGCAGCCAUCACAGAAGACACCAAGAAAUUGACAGGUACCAAGCCAAAGCGACCCGCACCAAAUCCGCCUGAGACAAAAGAAACGCCGACAAUUGUUCCAAAAACAAGCAAAACAAGCGCAGUACAAGCGAUAACAACAGCGCAACAAGUGAAAACAACAAAAUCAACAACAAGCAAAGAAAUAAGAUCAUCAAACGAUUACGAACACGCAGCACCCACAAGCCGAUCAUCAAAGCGAGAGCACGAAGAUCACCGUGAGUUCAUUGAGCAUCUCUUCGCAGCGGCCAACAGUAACAGCGGCAGCGAAGCCAUUGGCGGCACAAUAUACAUCGACGCCGCUGAGGCAACGGACGAAGAGCGUGAAUCGUUGGACUACGAUGAUGAUGAUGACGGCUACAACGUGAACAACGCUGCUGUUAUAACGCAUGAGACAACGAAUGCUAGAAGCAGACAAGCAAAACAAACACGAAAACAUGCCUUGGAAGCUGGCCGAAUGGAAGCAACAGCAGUUCAUUCCACCGCGUCGCUGGAAGAUUUCCAAGCGCUACCAAUGACACCGACAAUAAACAACAACGCGACCACCGAUUGGAAUGUCAACGCAAAGCAAAAUGGCGACGGUUCGGCGACUUACGUGAAACUUGUUGAAACGUCAAAAAGUCUCAUUGUUGACAGUGACAAAGACAGCGACGCGGCGCAAUCGAUUAAUGUAAUUGUUGCUGCCGAUUGUGGUCUAAACCAGCCACAGCGGUACACAUAUCAGAGGCAACGAGCUAAAGGUGAAAUUAAUGCCUCAGUGGAUCAGUGUGUUGAUAGUGAAAAAUUGGAAAAAUCCGAAACCGACGCUAAACGUGUAAAGAAUGCGAAGAAAUUGUGCGUCCGCAAGUUGGUCGUACAAACAGAAUCGUGGAAAACGGCGAAUGCCAUAAAACGUGUUGAAGUUCAAUAUCGUGGCGAGCAGCGAACGAAAGCACAAGAGGCAGCCGAAAGUGUAAACGAGCAGACGGUGGGAGCAGAAAGUGCAAUUACACGCAAAGAAGCCACAGACCCCAUAUCACCGCGUAGCAUUGGCGAACAACAACAACAACACAGUGCAGAGACGGCAGCAAAUGAAUUGGACAAACGUACACACUUACGCACAUACAAUCGUUUGGCAGCGCGUGGCCUCAACGAUUUGCCAACGCUUAUCAAAGACCGACCGAUCAGCGAGAUCAGCAUAACAUCGGCCGAUACUUCGGGUAUACUCUCACCGACCACAGCACGUGCUGUGCACGAGCUACAGCGUCGACAUCGCGCCGAUAAGGUAGCACAUUUGUCCGUCUCACAAACGACAUACUUGGAAUUAGUGCCCGAUACGAGUCCCGAGCUCGAGUCGGACAGUCCGGAUGAGCAGAUGGCGUUGCAGCUGGGUAAGAAAUUGGCACAAGUGCUGAGUAGUAGCGGCAGUAGUGGCAGCGCUGCCACAGUGACGCCACAAGAUAAUGCUGCCGUGGGCUCUGUGGGCGGUGCAGAUCUCUUCGGUAACCUGGCGAAGACCAAGAAAAUCGAAUUGCAUAAUUUAUCGUCGAGACUGGGAACGGCAGCAAACACAACACCAACAGAGGAGAAAACAGAUGCCAGCACAACGAACAGCAAACAGUUGCCGCCUUCGACAGAAACUCAAUCAACCGUUAUAAUUUCGUUUAAAUCAUCGCAAACACCUGUUCAGUCUCAGCAACAGCUACAGCAACAAUCGCCAGCACCAGCGACACCGCCUCCAACGACACGGACGAAACGGGAAACCGCUAGCGUGUCUACCCCAACCACAACCACAGCGACAGCGGCUGCGGCGACUGGCACAGCAUCGGAAGUUGCUGCAUCAACGCCUACGAAUGCUACAGCAACAACAACUACAACAGCAGGAGCGUUGGCAUCCACAGAAACUGGCGUUCUAACAGUAGCAACACCUUUGACACCAGCCACACCCAGCAACAAUGUACUCAAACGAGUCGCCUCGCUCACGGCUGAGAAGGCAGCAGCUACAGCCGCCGCCGCCGCCGCAAACGCUAUUAACGCCAAUGCAAACGGAAGUGCGAGCGCCACCGGCAUGGCCGCGCAUUUGGAGUAUAUCAGCGGCUGUCGGCGUCUAUCUUAUGUGCCGGAGAAGUUAAGCUUCGCUGCGUAUGAAAAGUUCGAAGGUCAAAUGCUCAUGAAAUGGCUGAUUUCAUCGCUGCAACAAACGGGCAGUAAUCUCAAUGAACAAGACUUGAAUAAUCUAACAAUGCAGUAUUGUAACAAUCUAAUUAAUGUGGGUGUGUUAAAGCAGAUCUCCGAGGAAACGGAUAUUAAAAACUUCAGUCCUUAUUAUAUGUAUCAAUGGACCCACACGGAGGCGCCAACCACAUCUGUACCCCUGACACCUGGCAGACUGGACACAGUAGCCGUUUGGCCGCAUUGCAGUACGCCCAGCACAGUGCCGCGCAUACCGAAAGGCGUACAAGUGGAUACCACCACCGGUGAUCUUACAUUUCAACAGAAUCUCCGCAAGCGGCUGCUUGCCUGUGGCAACAUAACCGAAGUGCACACGGUGGUCAAUGAACUGCUCAAUGUUAGCGAAAUGACACGCCGUCCAUCUAAACGCUGCAUAGAAUUAACCGAUCUGCUAAACGCUAGCGAAGCGACCGUUUACGAAAUUGAUAAACCAACAGCAGCGCCAGCUAUCGUUAUUCCCAAGCAAUCUCCACAAGAUAUGGCAAUACAGACUGAUGAAAUAUUAGUGACGGCAUUAACCACGUGUCCGCUAUGCAAAGUGAAAGCGAAAGAAACCAGUGAUCAAGAAAUACAAACGGAAGCGGAAGUAGCGCCCAGUGCGCCUAAGCCUCCACCACCGCCGCCACCCCCACUCGAUGCAGCACUUGCAAAGCCACCACCACCGCCGCCGCCACCUCCACCAGCGCCAACGUCAACAGCGCCGCCGCCGCCACCACCUCCUCCUCCGCCGGGUAUGAAUGCACCGGCACCGCCGCCACCACCACCACCAGCGCUCGGAGCUCCAGCAGCCGGUCCACCACCACCGCCGCCACCUGCGUUGCCUCCCCUAAACGUUUCAGCUGUGCCACCCCCACCUCCGCCCGGUGCGCCAAAACCACCUUCCUCCACCACGCCGGCACCACUGCCGAAUCCAACAGAAGGCUCUUGGUUUCACACCACGAAUACUCUACGAAAGACUGCCGUUAACCCACCCAAACCGAUGAAGCCGCUGUACUGGACACGCAUAGUUACAAACGCGCCACUACCUAAACCGCCACCCCCACAAGCCAGUACAGAAUCCAGCAGUAGUGGUAGCUCACCAGACGAUGCCGUGGACUCGGCAACGCCCAAAGAAAUCUGGCAGGAAAUUGAGGAGACAAGUCUCGAUAAUAUCGACGAAUUUACCGAACUCUUUUCGCGGCAGGCAGUGGUGCCUGUCAGCAAGCCAAAAGAGAAAAAAGUGGUGCGUGUGAAGGCAAUGAAGGUGCUGGAUAGUAAACGUUCACAGAAUGUCGGUAUUGUGUCGCGGAGUCUGCAUGUUGACUUCUGUGAGAUCGAACACGCCAUCUACCACGUGGACACAUCGGUGGUUAGUUUAGAAACUUUACAACAGAUUAUUAACAUUAAAGCGACAAACGAGGAAUUAGAACUCAUCAAGGAAGCGGCACAAAGCGACAUACCGCUAGACUAUCCCGAGCAAUUUUUACUCAAAAUCUCACAGAUCUCAAUGUCUACGGAGCGCAUAUCAUGCAUCGUUUUCCAAGCUGAGUUCGAGGAGGCCGCCACGGUAAUUGCGCGAAAAUUGGAGGUUGUCACACAACUGUCACAAUAUCUGAUCGAGAGCGAAGACUUGAAGCAUGUAUUCGCUAUAAUAUUGACGUUGGGCAACUAUAUGAACGGUGGCAAUCGACAGAGAGGACAAGCGGACGGAUUUACAUUGGAAAUUUUAGGCAAACUCAAAGACGUCAAAUCUAAGGAGUCACAGACAACCUUACUGCACUUCAUCGUGCGUACCUAUAUAAGUAGGCGACGAAAGGAAGGCGUACAAUUGCUGGAAAUGAUAUUACCCAUACCCGAACCCUCGGACGUAGAGCGUGCUGCACAAGUGGAUUUCGAUGAGGUUAAACAGCAAAUAAUGGAACUGCAUAAAAAACUUAAAGCUAAUCAAAAAACCACUGAACGCGUUGUAAGCGCCUCAACACCCAACACUUUGGAACCGUUUAAGUCGAAAAUGGAAGAGUUUAUAGAAAGCGCAACCAAAACGAUUGAUAAACUGAACAAAGACUUGGAUGAGUCACGUUCGACAUUCAUCGAGACAAUGCGUUUUUAUCAUUUUACGCCCAAAUCACGUACGCUAGAGCAAUGCACACCCGAUCAGUUCUUUGAGUAUUGGACCAAUUUUACGAAUGACUUUAAGGACAUAUGGAAGAAGGAGAUAGCCACAUUGUAUGACGACUUGUUACGCAAGUCGAAACAGAUACAAACACAAUCACGUAAGAAGGUAAAAACGACAAAAGUGACACCAGGCUGCCUUAAGGAACGUAUCUUGCGAUUGAGUAAAAAAUAAAUUUGUCUCACAGUUCGAUUUUUUUAUUAGAAUGAGAGCAAAAUUGUUAGAAAUUUAAUUAUU